AUGGAGAAGCCCUUAUCCAUAAAAGAAAUUGUGCCUGAUAUGCAAGACUGGUCAUGCAAAGUUAUUGUUCAGGAAAAACAGCAGAUUACCCAAUCACUGUCAACGCCGACGAAGAAGCAAAAGCUUAUUUUUGUUGACACAGAGGGAUCAAAGGUUGAGGGCAUUAUUUUCAACCAUGAUAUUUCUAGGGUCGGACCAAUCCUGCAGGUCUACAAAAAGUACAAAAUAACCAAUGCUGUGGUUAGACCAAUCGACUCAAAAUAUCAAACGGCUGAACUAACAAUGCAGUGGAUCCUCACUAGUAAAACUGUCAUUGAAGAGGAUGCCGAUGAUGAAGAUAUAAUGCCUGUCAAAUUUAACUAUACUCAAUUCACAGACUUGGCACAGUAUGUGGAUCGUAAAGAUAAAUCUGUAGCUGCCUAUUGCCUUCAUGUUAGAUCACAAGCUGUCAUGCUUUCUAUGUGGGAUGAUUUCAUCAAAAAUGAAGGGCAACAGAUUAUAGCUGAAAUAGGCAACUACCCUGUCAUCAUAUGUCGCAGGCUCAAAGUUAACAACUAUAAUGGAGUUGCGCUGUCGACAUGGUUUGAUUCUGCAAUCCUUGUUGAUCCUCCUGUACAGGAAGCAAGAGAAUUAAAGAACUGGGCGAUCAGAAAUACCAAACUACUUGCAGCAAUCAUUGAUGAAAAAAGCUAUAUUAAGUAUAACCCUCAGAUAUCUGCAAAGCCAGAUCAAAAAACCAUUUUGAUUUCAAAUGUCAGACCAUCACAAAAGAAUAUAUGGGUUAAAGCAAGGUUCUCCUUUCAGCACAUAUUCCACAAAUACUGGUAUAUGAGCUGUAAAAAAUGUUGUCGGGGCACUGCUGCUGCAGAUGGAGUUAUUUUUAUGUGUAAUACGUGCAAAGAAAAACAUCCUGCUCAGCCUAGGUGUCGCUUUGAUAUGGAUUUAUGUGAUGAUACUGGUGCCAUCACAGCUUCUGUUUUUGGAGAACAAGCUGAAAAGCUGCUAAAGUUCACUGCUCUUGAAAUAAUGGACCAUUUUAAGCAGAACAUUGAGCUCCCUCUGGAGGCUGUCCAUAAGGAGUUGGAGUCCAAGUGGUUUCUCAUACAUAUAAAACCAGUGCAGGCUCAAAUGUCUGAUGCAAAACAACGCUAUACAGUUAUCUACUAUUCUGAACUUCUCAAUAGUGAUGCUGUUGAUUCCCCUGCUGAAUCUAAAAAUGCUGAAUCCAAAAAUCCUACUUUGUUAAUCGAGCUGCAAUCUGACACCACUGACAUCGUCACUUCAGGAGCCACAGCUAUUCAAGAAACCAAACCAGCUUCCAAGGCUAGACAAUGUUUAACUCAAAAAUUGGAACUCUUAGCUGAUCAAGCCAAUAAUACUUCCCGUUCUGUCAGUGAAGGCUCUAAGAAGAAGUCCAGGCUCAUGUAG